AUGAAUGCAGACACAGACAUAGAUACUACUUCGAAGGACAUGGAAACAUUGAAAUCAUCUGAUUCCUCAAAGCCGAGACUGAAAACGGAUAAUGAAUUGGGAUCACCACCAAGGACCUUGCGUCAAGUCAGACACAUACCGUCACUGGUUCCACCACUUAAUGGCGACAGUUCGCUGGACGGAAGGGAACCCGAUGGGGGAUCUCCAGUCGUACACAGCGGCGAACGAGUUGUCGGGCCUUUGCACUUACCAUCAUCAGAAGCAUCAUCAUCAAAUUCAUCAAAUGCUAACGUUGUAUCUCAGAGGAACGGCCGAGUACUUGCUGCGGGUAUGGCACCUGUGCCAGAAGAUAGCGUUGUCAAAUCAAUUGGUGUCCGCCAACAACAGCUUCCUUCUCAGCGAACGAUGUAUAACAAGAAAGAAGUUUCCAGUUCGUUUAGCAUGACUGCUUUCAACGAAGAGGAUACUGAUGCCCCGUCAUCAGGCCAUUUCGGCAUAGAAAGUGAUGACAGUUCCGUAUUAUCUUCCGCCAAUGAGAGCAUUGAGAUUGUUCCAAAAGAAAAACCAAAUCCAUCAUCCCUGUUGAAGGUGAGCAGGCAACCAUCUCGACGGGCUGUUGCAGUUCGACAGCGGCCGUCAUUGGCCACUCCUACAACCGCUGUUGGCGAUCCAUUGCAAGCGGAAGAACCAGACGCUGGCAUGUCAGUUGUGCUUUCAGCUUCCCAACGAAAUCUCAGUGCACGAACCUCGACACAAGUCACUCGGCAGUUGUCCUUGGCACAACUUGACACAUCGGAGCCGGAGUCCAUGGAAUCUAACUUGGGUCAUAUGUCUUGUGAAUCAACCACGGAAAUGCAACCAGCGGGAUCUUCCCAUGCUGCACGACCAAUUGUGAUGCCUCAAAAGGGAAGAAAGCAAAGAGUCUCUCGAGUGACAAGGGUUGGCACGAAUAAUGCUCAGAUUACCUUUCAAGCAUGGUCGAGAAAUGAAAAUCCAAAUACCAACAAUAGGAAAAGCACAAAUACGAAUACUGACAGCAAUGUUCCCACCGCUGCGGUACCGCCAGUCAAAAGUCUUAUCCGAAUGCUACCAGCAUCACAACGAAACCGCGCUGCUCGUGCCUCUACAACGGUCACCCGACAGCUGUCCUUGGCAAAACUUGACACAUCAGAGCCGGAGCCCAUGGAAUCUUCUACGAGUCGAAUUUCUUCCGUAUCAACGAUGGCAAUACAAUCAGUAGGAUCUUCCCAUGUUGCACGACCAGUUGCUCUGCCUCAAAAGGGAAGAAAGCAAAGAGUUUCUCGAGCAAAACGAGUGUCUAAAGCCGUUCCUGAUAUGCAUAAUGCUCAAAUCACCUUUCAAGGAUGGUCGAGAAAUGAAAGUCCAAAAUCCAUCAAUAGAAAACCAGAUGGCGAAAGCAGUAACACGACAUCUGUAAGCAGUAAGUCUCGUAUACAUUCUGUCAAUAUGGCGACGGGGGAGAUGAUUGGCGCUGCGGAAUAUAGCACAGGACUAUAUUCUGUUGCGGAGAUGCCGGAGAAAGGAGGCCUUGGCUCGAUGGAAACUAUCACCAAGGAUAUUAGUAGUCGCAGCACCUCCUCUCGAAGUAUCAGUCUGAGUAGUUUACGGGACACGACAGGCCGGAAUUACAGAAACCUUGGCUGGAGUUCAACCGAAGCUACCACGAUUGAGAACAGUGAUCGGAGCACCUCUACUCGAAGCAUCAAUGUUAGCAGAGGACGCCAGCAGAAUUAUAGUUCCGCGCAUACCAGAAACAGUCAUUCGCCAUCUCUGUCUCCAAUUGAAGAUUCAUACAGCUACCGGAUACCGAAGCAUCAGCAACAACUGUACCAGCGACAGCAGCAGCUGCGAAAUUCAACUUUGGCUUCACCUUUUGCGAGCCCAACGAAAGCUGGUUCCAAUCGGUCAUUGCCAGUCAAAGAAGUGAUUCGAAAUAUUGUGUCUCCCCCAAUGCUGGAAAACGCGGAAACACCACUACAUUAUCGAGCCCAGCAAUCAUUCUCCAAAGAAGAUCCUCAGACAACCGAUUCAUCCAUUGAUGCAUCAGAUGACUCGAUUGAUUCUUUACCACUAGAGACUCCAGAGACCAAAAACUUUGAUGGCGUUGCAGCAGGAGACGAGGACGGUCCCGAAAUUAUUACGGACAGCCCAAAAAGGAACAUGAGUGCUGAAGACAUGAAAAUUCAGAGCUACAACAACAAAAUGGGUCGCUCAGCUUCUGCUAGGACAACAUCUCGCGCUCCGCCGAUGACAGGGAAGCGAGCCUUGUCCACCUCUAACGGAAUCGGUGCUAGCUAUUCUCAUUCUCAAUUUGUCGGCAGUGAUUCACGAUUUCGCUCACCCACCGCUUCUUCUACUCGACACAUUUCUAGUCGGACAGGGCCAGCAUUUGACGAGGAUGCGGGAUCAGUGUCUGGCACUGAAGUACCAGGAGCAGUAUCGAUUGCCCGCGAUGGAAAUGAAGCUAUCUAUGACACAUAUCGCAGAAAGGGAAACUUUACAGAGCAGAACUCAUCGCAGGCAGUUCUAAGCGUGACGAGCGAACAUGAUAUGGAUACAUCUUUUCGUGGACAUCGGCAAGACGAAGAGCAGCAAUUGCAGCGGCCAGCUUCUGCCAUUAGCAUACAAGGCCAACGGCCAGUGCCUGCCACCAGUGUAGCUACUGCGUCCGUCUCGGUAGUCCCUUCGGGUCUUCAUGUGAGAGGGGUUCAUGCUGAUAACGAACGUGUCUCCUUGGCUACUUUGAAUUCAGUCGAUAUGGAUGCGGACAAGACAUCAUCUGCAUGCUAUCGCAAGAUAUGUCUUUUGGUAAUGAUUUUACUUGCUGGUGGUGCCGCGGUAGCCGGUUCAUUACUAGCUCCUAAGUCUUCUGACACUCCUUUACAGAAUUCCAACAAUCCUCCGAGCAACAAACCAAGUGUUGCUCCAUCAGAAGGUCCGAGGGAUUUGGGCAGGCUGGAGGAUAUUCUAGAAGCAUUGUUGCCGCUUUCAACAAAAGAAGCUAUGACAGAUUCGUCCCAUGCGCAAAACCUGGCAAUUGAGUGGCUAGCAUUUUCGGAUCCCGCACAACUCGAUCCUGGGGAUGAGAAUAUGAGCGAGCGCUAUCUGGUUGCACUCUUUUAUUAUGCCAUGCAAGGGGAUAAUUGGUUCACUUCUGAUAAUCAUCUCUCUGGACGGCCAGUGUGUGAUUGGAAAGGAAUUACAUGCACUACUACUUCACCUAGUGGGACAAAGGAAACAGUAAUAUCCAUUCAGCUUGAACGCAACAAUUUAUCAGGUUCCAUCCCCAAUGAGAUUGGCAGUUUUAGUUCCCUGCAGCGUCUGUACCUAACUGGGAAUCAAAUCCGGGGAAGCUUACCAGGUACGCUUGGGAACUGUACAAAUUUAUUUGAGCUUGGUCUUGGAGGCAACGCAAUUUCAUCCACAUUCCCAUCCGAAAUUGGUUUGCUGACAAACCUUGUGGAACUAGGAGUCGAAAGCAAUCAACUGUCAGGGGAACUUCCAGCUGCGAUCGGCAGCCUCAGUAGUCUGUCAUUUCUCAGUCUGUCGCGAAACAGAAUCACGGGCACUUUACCGAAGACAAUGGGAAAUCUUCGAAGCCUCGAGGCACUCCUAAUGCAGUCGUGCAAAGUGGAAGAGCUUCCUUCGGAAAUCAAGGAACUUACUCAGUUGAAGCAAGUGGACCUUGGAGACAAUCUGCUGUUCGGACCUAUCCCUUCGUGGCUUUCGAGUCUGUCCAGUUUGACGAGCUUGAAGCUCGAUUUCAACCAGCUAUCUUCAACCAUACCCUCUGAUUUCGGAAACUUUUUUAAUUUGGAGCGGCUAUGGCUAAACGAGAACAGUGAUAUUACGGGUGAUGUACCUUCAGAACUUGAUAACCUAUCGAAGCUUGAUGACCUGCAAUUGCACAAGACGUUCCUGACAGGUGGACUUGAAAGCGUAUUUUGUUCACGAAAUGGAUCUCUUCCGACAUCUUUGACCGCAGAUUGCAGAGGUGUAAAUCCAAGUAUACAAUGCACUUGUUGCACCACAUGUUACUAA